GGGCUGCCUCAGAAUAACGCAAUCAAAGGAUGAAAAAGAAAAAGAAUAUUAGCAAAUAAAACGUCGACACCUAAUCGAAUAUUCUUAUUGCAAUUAGGGUUCCUUCGUACAUAUAAAACUCUCUCUCUCUCUCUCACGCCUUGCGUUCUCUCCUUCGUUGCUCACCUGUGCGCAUUCUCGAGUGUCGGUCAAAACCAAAAGUACCAGAAAAGAAAUGGAGCAAACCUUCAUAAUGAUCAAGCCUGAUGGGGUCCAGAGAGGUCUUGUUGGUGAGAUCAUCGGCAGAUUUGAGAAGAAGGGUUUCUCUCUCAAGGGUUUGAAGCUAAUCACUGUGGAGCGCUUGUUUGCUGAGAGGCACUAUGCAGACCUGUCAGCAAAGCCUUUCUUCAACGGACUUGUUGAGUACAUUAUCUCUGGCCCUGUUGUUGCUAUGGUUUGGGAGGGUAAGAAUGUAGUAACCACUGGCCGCAAGAUUAUUGGAGCUACCAACCCUGCUGACUCUGCACCUGGAACCAUCCGUGGUGACUAUGCAAUUGACAUUGGAAGAAACGUUAUUCAUGGAAGUGACUCGGUUGAGAGUGCAAGGAAGGAAAUUGCACUUUGGUUCCCUGAAGGCCCUGUUAGCUGGUCAAGCAGCCUUCACCCGUGGAUCUACGAGUAGACCUUCAGCAUUGGAGCUCUUGUUUGCUCCUAGUUAUUUCAGCUGUCUAAUUUUUUAUGUUUGCUCGUCAUUUGUGAACUUGCUGAGUUCUGACUUGUACUGUGUUUAGAACUAAGCUAGAGCAUCAUCUGAGAAACACUUAUUAUCUCUAUGCAUUUAUGCUUGUCUUUCAGAGUAGCAACUUUUGGUGUCAAUUGAACCAACUUAUUCUCCUUUUUUUU